UACACGAAUCUUUAGAACAGGGUUGGUCGUGGUAUUAGAGGGAUGGGGUCUGCAGUUGAUAAUAACUCAAUAGCAUUACACCGCUGCGCGGACAUGGUGAUUUUAUCAAACACUCCAAAAGGGCGAGGCGUCUUUGCUACUAAAGAUAUCCCAGCGAGGGCAGUUAUAGAUGUCUGUCCCGUUCUGGUACUAGGCGUAGAGGAAAACGAGGAACAUAUCAGACACACCUCACUGUACCACUACACAUAUAAUUGGCCCGUCAAAGAUGAAAACGGUAGUACGAGAGUUUCACAGGCCGUGAUCUUCGGCCUCGGGUCCAUGUUCAAUCACAACAUCGAUCAAAAUGUAGGAUGGGUACGGGACACUGAACGCCUAUUGGUGACAUAUCGCACUCUCCGUAACAUCACCGCCGGAGAAGAGCUCUGCAUCAGCUACGGGCCUCGAUUGACUUUCAAGGACGCAGAUAGUGGAGCCUACGUUCACGACGAAGAAGACGGACUAGAACAGUUGAAUAGAAUACAGCUUGCGUAGUGAUUACACCUGACCUAUCGCUACAAAUCACACGAGCCUGAGACACUCCCUACUUCCGCACCAGGAAUUACGCCUCCCGAAUUUGACCCUAGCCGGAGACACGUAAUGAAAUCUAUG